GGAAACUUGUUCAAAUGACGCAUGUCAAAUUUUAGUGAAUCGGAACGUACCAUUGGGACUGACUUGGCGAUUCGGAUUUUCUUUCAGUGAUUAUCUCGAUGACUUGUGUAAAUUCAAUGUAAAUUUGAUUUGUUAAAUGACAGUUUAUUAUUUGUGAUUCGCGGACGUGUAUCGAGUAUACUUACAACUGUGCUCAUGUGGCCGCCGGGUAUAAAGGACAUAUUGCAGUGACUGGUUAUAAUUUUCCAAAAACAAAUAACGUAGAACCAUCAAUAUGAUACAAGACGAUGAGUUCGAGGCCCUGGUGACAACCCCAGAGCGUAUAAAGGCUCUGGGGUUCAAGCCACAAAAGGAAAUCUUGACGAAUCACAUCUUGCCAUAUGCCGCCGAGUUGGAUGAUGAGGCCUCAAGAUUCCUACAACAAGUGAAGACAAACCUGGCGAAGGCCGUCAUGUUGCGCGAGAUGAAGCCAGCUUGCGGUGUGUGGUCCUCCAGGCUCAUGAAGUACAUUCGAAUUCAUGGCCUGAAGUUCAGCAAAGAGGAUCACAUAAAGCUAAUAAAGUUGGCUUAUGAGCUUGUGCUUAUACCUGACCUUGAACCAUGCAAGAUUCACAAGUUUGCUACAAUGUUUCUAAUGCUCACUAAGAAAAGACAAUUGAUUUCACCUGACGAACUGACGCUGCAUUGGCGUCCGCUUUACGAUAUGGGCAAAAAAAUAUUUGACAAAAGCGCCACCCAUAUUGGAAUGUACCAUUACCUGACCUCCCUCGAAGGAUCAUAUAUUUCGAUGGUUAAAUGCGCGAGACCAUAUUUCCCUUUGAGUGCAACAAAAGAGAUUUUAGCGGAGUUGUUGCCCCAAAUAAACCCUUGGUCUACCGAUACACACGUCGUGUGUCAGCUGGCUGUCUUCCUGCCGGUGGCAAUAAACCCCAAGUAUGCGCAGUUCGGCCACGAACUCUGGUUUGACGAGAUCAUGUCGCUAUGGGAUACAUGCUACAACUCACAAUGCGGUAUCUCGGACUUAAUGAUGCUGUUCGCGGGGCUAGCAAAGCGCAACCCCGGCGCGAUAGACUGGCAGCCACACGUGCCCAAGAUGUUCACCAGGUUCCUCCAUGCCCUGAACCUUCCAGUCAGCUACAAAGACAUGCAGAUCACACGCUGCCAUUCCCUAGAUAUGAAACACGUGGCUUCUUGGAUUGUAUGGAGCAUUGCCCCCGACGGUGAGGUGCUCAAACACUUGCGCAGCUUCCUGGCAGGAGUCGAGAGCUAUCUGCACAGCGCCAACUCAGGGCGCUGGUCCUAUAAGCUGAGGGACCUGCUCAGGAAACUAGCAAGAGAAUUUCUUAACAGGGUACGUCGUGAGCGUGAACCUAAAUUUAAAGAAAGUUGGGAGAACCAAACUCCGCCUCACUAUCGACUCAAAGACGAAGACAUCACGGAGUUUGUUCAGAUCGUGCUCGAGCCGACACUACAGGCAGUGUACAGCCGCAGCGGCUCCCUCGAUAUAUCUAUUGCCCUGCACAACCUAGCGACCCUGCGCCCCGCCAUCGUAGUCCCGCCUCUCCUGGAGAGACUCAAGACCUCCCUGACGUCACUGACGGAGCCCCACCGAGUGACGGCCGCCAUGUCAGCAGUGGCCGCUGUAGCGCGCCCCAUGCUGCGCGGAGCUGACGCGGGCUACCCAGAGGGCCCCACCCACGUGGUGCCGUUCCUGCUAGCUGUACUGCCGGGCCUCGAUCCCAAUGACAUUAAAAAGACAUUAGUCACGCUACACUUCAUACUCAUCUUCACAUGGAUGGUGCCUUUCAUAGACUGUAGUUCAGCUCACGAGCACUGGUCAGACCUCACCGAGGAGGAGCUCCUCACCUGUGAGUCUACUGCUCAACUCGAAGACUUCGUGCUCGUCUUCUUAGACAGAUUGUUUGUGAUCAUCGAGUCUAGCGUACUCGAACAUGUAAGACUGGAUACUAAGGAAUCCGACGCCGUUCGCAGUAAGACUGACGCUGUAAUGGAAACUGCCAUCUCUUCGGCCGCGACCGCUGUGCUGAUGCAGUGCUCGCCGAAGAUAUUUAAAGAAGCAUUAAGAAAGUUCAAGGCUUUCGCCACUGAAACGACGUUUGAAACGAAUGUAUCUGGGAGUAUGGUGGGUGUGAUGUUACACGUGUUUGCCCGCAUAGACUCGGAGGCCACGCUGGCUGCGUUCCUGCCAGACCUGUGUGAACAACUGUCCGAGUUGUUGGCGACGGACGAGGCGCUGCACGAGGAGAACCCCUCGCGUGACCUGGUCUACAGGUUGGUGUUGCUGAUGCAUGUGGUGGAGUGUGACGGCGUCGUGCUGCUCAAAUAUGUCCCGGACAUCCUGCCCAUACUGGACAGGGCUCUGAAGUUACAUUCAAACUACGCGCUGUCCAGGGCGUGUGAGGUGCUGAGUCACAUGCUCACUUCGUUGUGCUAUAUUGAUCUGAAAGAGUGGAAGAGUUCGCCUAAGGAUUACGGUUCAGCUCCGGAGACGUGGCUGCCUAUCCGGGAGUGGGGGUACGGGUGUAUGCUGAAGGAUACAAACUUCAAGUGGCACGUGCCAUGCGAGGAGGAAGCCAAAUGCGCGCAGAUGUUGGUGGACCGCUACCUGGUGGCCGAGGCGGGGCGUCUGGAGCAGUGGCUGGCCGGCGAACGGGACAUGUCUCGCGAGCGCCGCCUCAGGAGCUUCUACAUCAUCAACGCCUUACUAGCCUGCAGCACCUUCCUACCGCCCCCCGACGAAAACCCCGUUUCCUUUUUGGAAUCCCACGUGCCUGCUACAAGCAUUCCAUUUACAAGCGGCGUGCGCUACCAAGUGACGCUGGGCGGGGAGAAUGUACGCGUGGCGUUGACGCGUCUACUACUUAAGGUGCAGGCCAAACUGUUGGCUGAAAAGACUGAUGAUACCAAGGGCCUGGAGAUGCUUAUACAGGUAUGGGAGCGAGUAGUAGUUAUGAAGGGCAUGCGUGGCGGGCCUGGCUUAGAGGCUCGACUGAGGUCCUACGGGGCUCUAGAGCGGGCUCUGGACGGACGCGGUGGAGCCCCGGACCGCAAGGGCUGCCCCCGGGGCGUGGGCACCGCGCGCCUGCGGAUGCUGACUGCUGACGCUGCGAGGCUGCAUGAUGACUCGCGGUACGACCUCGUCUGCGAGGCUGGGAUCACUCCCUCAGCACUCAGCGCCUUACACGCGCUAGCUGAACUCUCCAUCAAUACCUACAGCUCGGUCCGCAUAUUAGCUCAAAUCCGUUUGUACUGGAUGUUGAGCCAUUACCCGUAUUCGUAUCGGGCGUUGGUACCAAAGUUGGCGGAAAUAUUGGCCAAAGGCGGUGAAGGCGACGAGUGGCAUGCGCGCCAUAAAGGGGUUCUGUUCAUGAUGUUGGGGCCACGCAGUGGGCCAUUGGUGGCCAAGCAGGAUUGGGAUGUAGUGCGUACGUUAUGGCCAGCUAUACUUAACGCACCGCUUAGCGAGAAACCCAGCAUGGUUCGGUUAGAACAAGCAUUCAGCGAUAGUCUUCACCGUCACUUCCCGACUGUGAACACUCGUCUUACAAUAAGCACUACGGCGGUAGAAGCGGCCGCAGUACUAAUAACUAACGAGGAACGAUCCGACCCACAGUUCACUAAGAUCCUCAACGAAUCUAUAGCAAGAGAAACAGCCAACUCAGAUAGAACUGAGAAAAUCUACAAUGAAUUAAUUGUAGAACUUAUGAAGGUUGUCGAAACCCCCAAUAUUCAAUGGCGUCGCUUGGAGCUGGCAAUGCAGAUGCUGACAUUUUGCCCGUCCCUUCAAACCCCAUACCCUGGGUUCGCAGUCCGGGGUAUGGUGCAGGCACUACUCCACGAUGACAUCGCCGUCAGACGCACAGCACAGAGACUUGUCCACUACGUCUUAAAACAACGCAAGCACAAACUUAUUAAAAUAGAAAUCGAUCCGUAUGAAAUCGCUGGCGUACCACGACCUGAGAAACGUACGCCUGGGUAUCGUAAGGAUCUUGAGUGGGCAAUAUGGUCUGACGAGAGGGAACAUAAAACUGACGAAGAAUGGGAUCAACCCUGGUUGAGGAACUCAAUGUUCGGAUUCUAUGCUUGGCCUGAAAAGUUAGAGAUAGCAGCACCGUCAAGCAAGCAGGUAUUCUCUUCAGACCUGGCUCCCGAAAACAUGGAGGAGGGCGAGCGUCACCUGUACGAGUUCUUCAAUAACGAGGAUAAUGUCAACAAGCUGGUCGCCUUCCUGACUGUUGAGGAGAAGAAAGGAAAGGACAAGUUUAAUGGAGUGCGCUUUUCUUUGUUCAAGACACUAUUUGCGCAAUUCGGUAACGGGGUAAGCGCUAGAUUCCUGCAGCAUGCUGAGCGUUGCGCGGCGGACUCCCAGGAGGCCGCGCAACGCUUCGCGGCCGAGGUCACCGCCGCCGCCCUCCGCGCGCCGCGCUACUGGCCGCGGCAGAGGGCCAUCGACAUGUAUGCUGCCGCCGUCAAUAUACUGCAAAUCGGUUUGACAUCAGUGACCCCCGAAACUCUUGAGGACUGGGGCACCUGCGUCGCCACUGGGGUGGAGAAGUUAGACCCGACCCGCGGCCGUCAAGUAAUAGAAGGAUUAGUUCAGAUUUGCGCGCCACGCUCACGCACGAGAGACAGCGAACCAGAUGUCGAUACUUCAUUCAGUAUCUGUGCUAGACUUUAUGCUCUCCAGGGUGCACUCGGCUCUCUGCGUUGGAGGGCGGCACCACUUGCUGCCGAACUGUUGAAGCGGUUGGAGGAUGCCAACUUCACACAGCAUCCCUACCAAAACGUACGGGAAACAGUCGGCAGUUUGUUGAUGACGAUCUUCGACACGGAGCUAGUGUUCCCCGGCGGGCACAAUGGUGACGCGCCUCGUCUGGCUGACUUCUUGGCUACUGUACAACCACGACUCGCCGCGCUCUACGACGAGAACGGUGAUAUAGUGAUAAAGACGGCAGCCUCAGCGGCAAUGCAGUGCAGUCCCCGCGAGGCGGCGGGGGGCUGCGCCCCCGAGACGUCGCGCCUUCGCCCGCUACCGGGCGUGCCCGCCGUCGGCGACGUAGCGCUCGACGUGGCGAGACUCACACAGACACACGACCAGCGACACACCCCCACUGAUGACACACCACAGUCGACGGAGACAGGAGAGUCUUCAGACACAGAGGGCGAAGCCCGAGCGCCCCGUGCGGAGCGCCAGCUGGUGUCCCGCCUGGAUGCAGCGCUGCGCCUCACUGGGGACGUCGCCGCGCCUGCACCGCAGGACCACGCACGGGCACUCAACUUGCUCACUACUGUACUCCGCGGGUGCAUGGGCGUGGUGGUCCGCGGCGUGGGGUCGGGCGCGGAGCCGCAGUACAGCGUGGUGGGCACGGCGUGCGCGCUGGCGGGGCGCGGCCCCCCCCGCCCGCACGACGAGCUGCCGCGCGCCGCCGCCGCGCUGCUCGCCGCGCUCGCGCUCGCGCACCACUCCGCGCGCGCAUUCGACAUCGCGCUCCAACAUCUGCACGCGCUCGCCGACAGUCGCUCAUGGUCAGCUCGUCUAGCGUGCCUGGACUUUGCUCAGCCCCUGCUGUUCUACGGGCUACCAAUGUUAUGUGACCGCGCCGACCGCGCCAUCGCCACCGAGCAGUUCGCACUCAAACUGAUGAGAGAUCCAAGACUUGAGGUGCGACAGUCUGCAGCGAAACUACUAACAGGUCUGAUGCACUGUCGUGCGCUGCCGGACGAGGGUCGCACGAUGCAGGGGCUGAUGCGGAGCUGCCGGUCUAAGGAGCUGGUAGAGCGCCACUGCGGUGUGCUGGGGCUAUGCGGGUACCUGGCGUCGCGGCCCUACAGCCUGGGCGAGCAGCUGGGCGCCGUGCUGGCCGAGCUCGCUCGCCACACGAGCGCGCCCGACCCCAUCCCCGCCACCAUCCGCGACGCGCUCGCUGACUUCCGCCGCACGCACCAGGACGACUGGCCCAAACACCGCGACCAGCUCACCGAGGAGGAACUCGAUCUACUCGCCGACCUCACCUCGCCCCCCUCUUACUGCGCUUAAGUCGACUAUUGCUACAUAGUUUUAUCUCUUUUUAUGAUAAGGUAUUUUAUAGGGAUGCAUCCGAUAACGAUACAUUGCCAAUCUAACAUGUUUUGCAAUGUAUCGGAAUCGGCGAUAUUAAUUUUGUUGAUAUAACAUUGACUUAUAUUUUAAACUUUCGCUAAAGUUAUUCGGUGAAAGACAAUGUAUAUUGCGCUCACAAUUUGUUUACGCUAGAAGAAGCUUCAAGUUAUAAUAUAAAGGUAAUCGUUUUUACUAUGACAUGCGCUAUAUGUUUCACUAUUUUGUGACUGUGGCGUGAAUUUCUUAUUCGUCUUGACUUUGUAUAGUUGCUACGUAAUCAAUUUGUAUGACCUAUUCUGGAAAAUUUCUUUAUCAAUAUUGAUGAUACUUUUUUACAAAAUAAAUAUCGUAUCAACUGAAGUGCGCAUCGAUGCAUCCCUAGUAUUUAAUUGUGAUAUUCAACAAUAGCUUUAUGUAUGACACAAAUUUUUGUUGCAUAAUUACUCCAAAGUGUUAUUGUUUCGUAAACUGAAGUGAAAGUAGCUAUUAUAGACGCCGUGUGAUACAAUUACUGAGACUGUGUUUCAGUAACAGUGACUUCAUAGGCCUAAUAUGUAGUGAAUUAGUGAUCGUCUCUCCUGCAUAUACAUACAUGUAACCGACCUUUUUACUAAUACUAGGUAUUCACAUAGAAUCUGUAACGGUGGUGGCUCCAUCUCAUAUCAUGUUCUGUGCCCACAGUAGACGCCGGUGACGGAUUUAGAUAGUAAGAUGGUCAAUGAGUAAUUUUGUAUAAUUUGAAAAGCUAUUUUGAUAUUUUUGUUUUAUAGUUAUAUUAUAAUAUAUAAUUUGGUUUGUUGGUUUGGAAAGAAGAAUUAAAUCUAUAAACAAUUUUAAUUUAUUAUGAUGGGUAUAUAUUUUUCGUCAUUUUGUGUGACAAUGUGCAAUGUCUCAUUGUUCUUAAGACAUUUCGUUCCAUAAUAGAUCUGUUUACAUGGGUUAAGUAUUUGUAAAUACUUGUAUAAAUAUUACGUAAUAUUUCUUUUUUAGGAUAUUGUAUUAAAUACUACAUUAAUAAAUAAUAUGUGUUUUAUUUCAACUGGACUAAGGAAACUACAUUUAUUCACUUAUACAAUUUUAUUUUCAACAAAUUUUGGUCAGACGAUGUUACAUGAAAUAUGAAAAGAGAAUAUUGAGAAAUUCAGAGCAUCAAAGAAUAGAGUAACAAUUAAACCUAGUGUGCGAGUCCCCGAAGGUUACUUUCGGUCUUCGACAUCUGAAAGUAGAAAAAACAUGAUAAAUAAC